GCGAUAGAUGGGAUGGUUUAGACAAGAGCUGGCAGCAUUCCUGCUCGCCGUCCGCGUUGCCUGGGGAUGAUGGGACCUGCAGUCCAGGGGAUUCGGAGCGGGCGCCUGUGUCAUUCGAUAGGCCUGUGGUGUUGUAGCUGAGAAGCAUCUAGAAUGACGUUGGGGAUUUAUUGCCCCGUCGAAUUCUGGUCCAAAGAAGCCAACCAGAGCAUACAAGUGGACUUCCUCCUUCCUACUGGGAUCUACCUGACCCUGCCCGUGUCCUGCAAUGUCACCUUGGGCGCGAUCAAGCAGGUGGUCUGGCACCACGCCCAAUAUGAGCCCCUCUUCCAAAUGCUCAGUGACCCGGAUUCCUACGUCUUCACAUGCAUCAACCAGACGGCAGAGCAGCAGGAGCUGGAGGAUGAGCAGCGGCGCCUCUGCGACAUCCAGCCCUUCCUGCCGGUCCUGCGGCUUGUGGCUCGCGAAGGCGAUCGGGCAAAGAAGCUGGUCAACUCCCAGAUCAGCCUCCUCAUCGGCAAAGGUUUGCAUGAGUUCGACUCAUUGAAAGACCCAGAAGUCAACGACUUCCGUGCCCAGAUGCUCCAGUUCUGCGAGGAGAGAGUAGCCAGGCGGCAGCAGCUGAACUGGAGGGCUUGGAUGGAGUACAGCUUCCCCGUGCAACUCGAACCCGUGGCCAAUGGCCUGGGGAGAAGCCCUCUUCCUGUGCCCAGCAAGAACAUUUUUGUCAAUGUCAAAUUCGAGUCCGGAGGGGAAAGUUUCACCUUCCAGAUCUCACCGAAGGAUUUUCCCACGACGCUCAUGAGCUACGCCAUCAAGAAACAGGCCACCAUCUUCCGCCACCAGCGAGUCAGCAGCCCGGACGAUUACACGCUGCAGAUCAACGGGAAAUACGAGUACCUGUAUGGAAACCACCCCUUGCACCAGUUCCAGUAUAUCCGGGACUGUCUACACCGGGGGCUCCUGCCCCACCUCACCAUGGUACAUUCCUCCUCCAUCCUAGCUUUGUGGGAAGAACAGACCAAUGGAAUUACUGCACCACCGAAGGGGAGCACCAAACCUCCACCGGUCCCCAAGAAAAAGCUGAGCUCCGUGUCUCUUUGGUCGCUCGAACAGCCUUACUAUAUCGAGUUGGUGCAAGGAAGUAAGGUGAACGCUGACGAACGGAUGAAGCUGGUGGUCCAGGCAGGCCUGUACCACGGGCACGAGAUGCUCUGCAAGAUGAUGUCCAGCUCCGAAGUGGCUGUUUCCUCGGAGCCCGUGUGGGGCCAGAGGCUGGAGUUUGAGAUCAACGUCUGCGACCUCCCUCGCAUGGCCCGCCUUUGCCUGGCCCUCUACGCGGUGGUGGAGAAAGCCAAGAAGGCCCGGUCCACCAAGAAGAAGUCCAAGAAGGCGGACUGUCCAAUCGCCUGGGUGAACGUCAUGCUGUUUGACUACCGAGACCAGCUGAAAACCGGGGAGUGUUGUCUUCCCAUGUGGUCCUCAUUUCCAGAUGAGAAGGGAGAGCUUUUAAACCCAAUGGGUACAGUCCAGACCAACCCCAAUACAGAAAGUGCUGCUGCUUUGGUCAUCCGCUUUCCUGAAAUUUCUUUCUGCCCGGUGUACUAUCCAACGUUCGAACAGAUACUGGAGCACGGAAGGAACGGGCCGUCCCCUCGCUCCAUGGUGGAGAAUCCAGAGGAGAAGCAGCAACUGAAGGAGAUCUUGGAACGCCGGACGCACACCGAGCUGUACGAGCAUGAGAAGGAUCUGCUGUGGAAGAUGAGGCAUCAGAUCCGGGACCAGUACCCGGGAGCGUUGGCCAAACUGCUGCUGGUGACCAAGUGGAACAAGCACGAAGAUGUGGCUCAGAUGAUCUACCUGCUGCAGUCGUGGCCGGAGCUGCCGGUCCUCAACGCUCUGGAGCUGCUGGAUUUCAGCUUCCCGGACCGCUACCUGAGCGCCUUCACGGUCAACUCGCUGAAGAAGAUGACGGAGGCCGAGCUGUUCCAAUACCUGCUGCAGCUUGUGCAGGUGCUCAAGUACGAGUCGUACCUGGACUGCGAGCUGACCAGGCUGCUGCUGGACCGCGCGUUCUCCAACCGGAAGAUCGGGCACUUCCUCUUCUGGCACCUCAGAUCAGAAAUGCAUGUCCCCACAGUCGCGCUGAAGUUUGGCCUGAUCUUGGAGGCCUACUGUCGGGGGAGCAUCCAUCACAUGAAAGCGCUGAUGAAACAGACGGAUGCUCUGACCAAGAUGAAGGGCCUGAAUGACAUCAUCAAGGUCAGCGCCCAGAAGAACCCCAAGCCCCAGACGAAGGAGUCCAUGCACACCUGUCUCCGGCAGGAGACCUACCUGGAGGCGCUCUCCCACCUCGAGUCCCCCCUGAACCCCAGCAUCAUCCUGGCCAAAGUCAAUGUGGAGAUGUGCACGUUCAUGGAUUCGAAGAUGAAGCCGCUGUGGCUUGUGUUCAGCAACGAGGAGACGGGCGGCGACUCCGUGGGCCUCAUCUUCAAAAACGGGGACGAUCUCCGGCAGGAUAUGCUGACCCUGCAGAUGAUUCAGCUGAUGGACAUCUUGUGGAAGAAAGAAGGACUCGACCUGCGGAUGACCCCGUACGGCUGCCUUUCCACUGGGGACAAGACGGGGCUGAUCGAAGUCGUCAUGCACUCUGACACCAUCGCCAACAUCCAGCUCAACAAGAGCAACAUGGCGGCCACCGCGGCCUUCAACAAGGACGCCCUGUUGAACUGGCUGAAAUCCAAGAACCCUGGCGAUGCCCUGGAGCGCGCCAUCGAAGAAUUCACGCUCUCCUGUGCCGGCUACUGCGUGGCCACCUAUGUGCUGGGCGUCGGCGACCGACACAGCGACAACAUCAUGAUCCGAGAGAAUGGCCAGUUGUUUCACAUCGAUUUUGGCCACUUCCUGGGGAACUUCAAGACCAAGUUUGGGAUCAACCGUGAACGGGUCCCUUUCAUCUUGACCUAUGACUUCGUCCAUGUGAUCCAAGAAGGGAAAACCAACAACAGUGAAAAGUUUGAAAGAUUCAGAGAAUACUGUGAAACGGCUUACAUGAUCCUCCGGUGCCACGGCCUCCUGUUCCUCCACCUCUUUGCCCUCAUGAAAGCCGCCGGCCUCCCGGAGCUGAGCUGCUCCAAGGACAUCCAGUACCUCAAGGUAAGGGGGCUCCGGGGGCCUUGGCCGGGGGGACCGGGGUCUGAAUUCUGACCGCGAACCAUGCAA